AUGAGUACCAAAACGAAAUCUGGUGUUUCCAGAGCGAAAAUGCAAUUACGACGUGCAGCGAUCGUGGUGCUUGUCUCUACGACGGUCAAAAACCGCAAUGCUACUGCAAUUCCGGAUUCUCAGGGCCAAUGUGUGAAAUCGUCGUCACACCCUCCUAAUUGCCCUCGUUCAGAUAAAAACGAGUGCCUGGACAAACCGUGUCACUGGUUGGCUCAUUGCCAGAACACCCUCGGUUCCUACGAAUGCGCCUGUUUCCCAGGAUUUCACGGCGACGGUUAUCAAUGUGCAGACAUUGAUGAGUGUUCAAUGAGCAAGUACACCUGUCCACAGAAUUCCGUUUGCGUCAAUCUACCAGGAACAUAUUUCUGUAACUGUACCGAGGGUUUUGCGCCGAAAGGUCUUCCAUUGGAAAAAUGCGCUGAUAUCAACGAAUGUGAAAUGAACCUUCAUAACUGCGGAGAAAAUCAAAUGUGUCAAAAUACGGUUGGUGGUUACACGUGCGUCGAUCGCUGCUCACUUGGCUACGAGUAUUUGGAUGGCGAAUGUGUGGACGUAGAUGAAUGUCGAUUGGAGAAUGUGUGCGAUCCUCGGUGCCGAAUGUAUCAAUACUCCAGGAGGAUUCCAAUGCAAAUGCGAUGCCGGUCUAACCGGAGACGGAAUCCACUGCGAACAGUGUAUUACCAGCAACUUGCGAUCACUGACUGCAGUCAACAAGAAGAUAUUUGUGACCGCCAUGCGUUUUGUAUCAAAUCGUUGAAGUUGUGUCUUUGUCAAACUGGCUACGUCGGCGACGGAAUUACUUGUAAUGAUGUGAACGAAUGCGCGUCGGUGGAAAGCCCAUGUGCAAAUCAGACGGGUCAUCGCUGUGUGAACAUCAACGGCGGCUACAUCUGUUGCGACGACGACGUCGAUGAUGAUCGCUGUAUCAAAGGUAAACGCCCUUCUGAUGGCAUCACCAGAACUCUGAAGAUCCAACCCGUUUCAGAGAAAGGCGCUUUCUGUGCUGGUGGAUGUGGACUCCACGCCGUAUGUUACAACCAAACUUGUCAAUGUAUGGAGGGAUUCGUUGGCGAUCCCCACACAAGAUGUAUAGAUGUGAACGAAUGCGAAUCGGACAACAUGUGCGCUGGAGUGGGCCAGUGGUGUGUCAACAAAAUGGGAGGACAUCUAUGCUGCUCUUCGGAAAGCGAAGAGCCUGAAUGUCAG